GGGGCCGGAGCCGGAGCUGGAGCUGGAGGCGGGCGAAACCGGAGCGGCCGGGGGCGGCCACGGUGAUGAGUCGGGCCUGGCGGACGCGGCGCCAUCGCAGUCAGAGGGAAGAGGCCUGGCAGGAGGGACUCGCUGAGCCACCCCCGCUCUGCUCCAUGUUGGCUGUGCUCUCAGGCUGGCGCCAUGCCCCCCCCAGCAGAAGUGACAGACCCGUCCCAUGCCCCCGCCGUCCUGCGCCAGCUCAAUGAGCAGCGGCUCCGUGGCCUCUUCUGUGAUGUCACCCUCAUAGCCGGAGACACCAAGUUCCCUGCUCACCGCAGCGUCCUGGCUGCUUCUAGUCCCUUCUUCAGAGAGGCCCUGCUCGCUUCAGCCCCACUGCCCCUCCCACCAAUUACUGGGGGCUCUGCCCCCAACCCUGCCUCCACCACAGCUUCCUCCUCCUCCUCCUCCUCCUCUUCCUCCUCCUCUCCCCCUCCACCCUCACCUCCCGCUUCAUCCCCACCCCGGGUCCUGGAGCUGCCAGGGGUCCCAGCGGCCGCCUUCUCUGAUGUCCUCAAUUUCAUCUACAGUGCCCGUCUGGCACUGCCUGGUGGUGGAGGGGACGGGGCAGCCGUGGCGGAGAUCGGCGCUCUGGGGCGGCGUCUGGGCAUCUCCCGCCUGCAGGGCCUGGGGGAGGGAGGCGAUGCCUGGGUACCUCCUGCGCCAGCCCCCAUGGCCACCUCGCAGCCUGAAGAAGACAACUUCGGGCCUGGGCCGAGGCCAGCCGGGGAGUGGGAGGGUGACAGGGCUGAGGCCCAGGCCCCUGACUCACAGCCCCCCCUGCCCCGGCGGCCCCUCCCCUGCCCCCGAUGCGGGAAAAGCUUCAUCCAUCCCAAGCGGCUGCAGACCCAUGAGGCACAGUGUCGUAGGGGGGCCAGCACUCGGGGGUCUGCAGGGCUGGGAGCCGGGGGCUCUGGCCCCAGUGGCCCUUCAGGAGUGGACGCCUCAGCCCUGCCCCCACCAGUGGGCUUCCGAGGUGGUCCCGAGCACGUGGUGAAGGUGGUGGGCGGCCACGUGCUGUACGUGUGCGCGGCCUGUGAGCGUUCCUACGUGACCCUGUCCAGCCUGAAGCGGCACAGCAACGUACACUCGUGGCGGAGGAAGUACCCCUGCCGCUACUGCGAGAAGGUGUUCGCCCUGGCCGAGUACCGUACCAAGCACGAGGUGUGGCACACCGGGGAGCGCAGGUACCAGUGCAUCUUCUGCUGGGAGACCUUUGUCACCUACUAUAACCUGAAGACCCACCAGCGAGCCUUCCAUGGCAUUAGCCCGGGCCUCCUAGCCAGUGAGAAGACGCCCAAUGGAGGCUAUAAGCCCAAGCUCAACACCCUCAAGCUGUACCGCCUGCUCCCCAUGCGGGCGGCCAAGCGGCCCUACAAGACCUACAGCCAGGGAGCCCCCGAGGCCCCCCUUUCUCCGAGCCUCAACACUCCGGCCCCUGUGGCGAUGCCGGCCAGCCCGCCACCCGGACCCCCACCUGCCCCAGAGCCCGGCCCCCCGCCGUCUGUCAUCACUUUUGCCCACCCGGCUCCCUCUGUCAUUGUACAUGGGGGUAGCAGCGGUGGGGGAGCAGGGAGUGGGCCGGCCAGCACAGGGGGGGCCCAAGCCGCCUCAGUCAUCACUUACACUGCUCCGCCACGGCCCCCCAAAAAACGUGAGUACCCGCCGCCUCCCCCCGUGCCUGCAGCUGCCCCAGCCAGCCCGGCCCCAGCCGGCAGCCCAGCCACAGCCACGGAGGAGGCCAAGGGCCGGAACCCACGGGCCGCAAGGACUCUGACCUACACGGCCAAGCCAGCUGGUGGGCUUGGCGGGGGCGGGGGUCCCCCUGCAGGGCCUGGCCGGGGUCCCUCUCAGCUGCAGGCUCCACCUCCACUGUGUCAGAUCACUGUACGGAUCGGUGAGGAGGCUAUUGUCAAGCGCCGCAUCUCAGAAACUGACCUGCGUCCUGGGGAGCUGAGCGGAGAGGAGAUGGAGGAGAGCGAGGAGGAGGAGGAAGAGGACGAGGAGGACGAGGAGGAGGAAGAGGAGGACGAGGAGGAAUCGAAGGCUGGCGGGGAGGACCAGCUCUGGAGGCCCUACUACUCGUACAAGCCCAAGCGCAAGGCUGGAGCCGCAGGCCCGGGCAGCAGCGGCGGCGGCGGGAUGCCCAGAGGCCGCCGGCCGCCUCGCUGGAGACAGAAGCUGGAACGGAGGAGCUGGGAGGAGACCCCGGCGGCCGAGGGCCCCGCAGGGCGUGCCCGUGGCGAGCGGAGGCACCGCUGCGGGGACUGUGCCCAGACAUUUGCCACCCUGAGGAAGCUGCGCAAGCACCAGGAGGCCCACGGCGGGGCCUCGCACAACUCCCGGGCCGGACGGAAGCCUUCCACCCGCUUCGCCUGCCCUCACUGCGCCAAGGUGUGCAAGACGGCAGCCGCCCUGAGCCGCCACGGGCAGAGGCAUGCUGCCGAGCGGCCCGGGGGUACCCCCACGCCUGUCAUUGCCUACUCCAAGGGCUGCGCUGGCACCCGAGCCGGGGACGUCAAGGAGGAGGCUCCCCAAGAGAUGCAAGUCUCCUCAUCCAGCGGGGAGGCGGGCGGCGGGAGCGCUGCUGCUGAGGAAGCUUCCAAAACCGCCUCGCUCCAGGACCCUGUCAUCUCAGGGGGGGAGGAGCCCUCAGUGGUGGCAGGAGGGGGUACCUAUGCAUACCCACCCGUGCAGGAAUUUCCACUGGCUCUAAUCGGGAGCGGCCGGGAAUCUGGCAGUGGCAGGGGAAAAGCUGGGAGUGAGGGCCCAGUGGGGGCUGGGCGGGGGGACCGGAUGGAGGGGAUGGGGGCUGCCAAAGUCACCUUCUACCCUGAGCCCUACCCACUCGUCUAUGGGCCCCAGCUUCUUGCCGCCUACCCUUACAACUUCAGCAACUUGGCCGCUCUCCCAGUUGCUCUUAACAUGGUCCUACCUGAUGAGAAGGGUGGGGGGGCCCUUCCCUUCCUACCAGGGGUCUUUGGCUACGCAGUCAAUCCUCAAGCAGCACCCCCUAGCCCCCCAACUCCACCGCCCCCAACUCUCCCUCCACCAGUCCCCCCUAAGGGAGAAGGGGAAAGGGCGGGGGUUGAAAGAACCCAGAAGGGAGAUGUGGGGUGAGCUCUGGGCCCAGAUCCCCCCUUUCACCAGAUGCCACCUUCCCUGAACCCCCGCCACUACCAGCUCCCUGGCCUCCCUGCCCCUUGGGAGCCCCUCCACACUCUUGUGCAGGGACUUGGGGGCCUCUGGAGCUCAGGGGUCAGGCUGCUUUGUGUGAGAUUGUAGUUUUCCCUCCACCUGGGAAGGGAUCUUUGGUGGUUCCUCUCUCAGUUCUCCUCCAGGGAAUGGCCUCCGUGAGGGGCAGGGCCAGCUCCCAUCCCUUCUCCAGCCCUUGGGGCAACUGAGCAAUAUACUUAAAUGAAUCUCUACUCGUAGCCCCCACCAGCUCUGAAUGUCUAACCCGCCCCCCUGAUUCGUAAACCUAGGGGAAAACCAUCUUUCUCACCUAAUGUUCCCCCCUUGUUCUGAAGCUUUCUCUAAGCCCUUGCCCAGAUGCUUCCCAGCACAUUCCAUCCUUUGUGGCCCAGGGCCUGGACCAGACCAUUGUGAUACCUGACGCUUACCCACCUAUGAGUGUGGCUUUGGAUUCCAUUCUUCCCGAGGGUGGGUUUCCGUGCCCGUUUCCUUCACACUAAGAUGCCAUCCCUUCCUUGGCUUCCAUGCCUUUGGAUCUUCCAUAUUCCUCCUUAUACUCCUAGACUCUGGAGAUGGCCUCUCCCAUCCAGGUCAAGGAGGUGCUGGGGGGAGGGCUACCUAUCUGUUCCAUGGCUGAGUACUUUCCCAGCCCAGGGCAGCACCAAUCUCAGCCCUAUUUUGACCCUCAAAUCUAGUGAGCCCCAUACUCUUCCAAGGCAAAGGAAGUGGGUAGAUUGCACCUCUUCCUGCCUCUACAUAUGGCCUCUUCUGGGCUAAACCAGAUUUGGGGGCCAGGAGGGAAGAGCUCUAUAUGGGAUGGGGAAGGGAAUCUACUUUCUCCCUGUUUUUUUCCUGAUGGUUUCUCCCAGACUAGACCAAAUAGCCAGAAAAAUGGAUGGGGGUUGGAUGGGUGGGUAAGCCCAAGAUUUGCACAUGACCUCCCAUCCUUACCUUAACCCCCCUUUUCCCCCAGUAUCACUUCCCUCACCGAUCACUCCAGAUGGUUUUUGGGGAACCAUCCUACUCCCUUGGUGGGCUUUGGGGUAUCCCCACCAACUUUCCCUGCAAAAUAGCACCUUACACCCCAUCUUUGACUCAGUUCCCCACACCCAAAGAUCCCAGCCUAGGGAUGGGGUACAGGGACCUUAUAAGUCCCUAAUCCCUAAUUUGCACUAGUUAACCCUGGUCAGGGGUCCCUAUGUUUCCUUCCAGCGGGGGAGUUGAAGAAAUGUUUGCUCCUAAUUCUCUUUGAUAACUGGGCGUCCCCACUCUGUGAUUGGAUGAACAUUUUCCAUCCACCCACCUCCCCCCCC